ACCAAGAAAUAGUGCCCUUUUUAAAACGGUUAAAACGCGGCGCUGUUCAACAGGGCUACACAUAACCCAUUCACAUUUAUCAUAUGUAACAUUUUCUAUUUAAACGCAUACAUAUGCACAUAUUUAUGCUCUAUAUAAAACACACAACAUUAGAAUUGAGCAACCUACUGCAACCUCGAAGUGCGUUGCUGUUCCAAGGGGACACUCGCGCAUUGAUCUGCUGUGCAGUUUUUCAGAGGGUAAAUGUAAUCACGUGUUCCAGAGACGUCCAAUCCGAGUCGCAGAAGCUUUCUGAAAUAAUUACCUGUCUUGAUUGUUCUACGGUCAGAUAAAAAAGUACACAUACACUCCAUAUAAUAAUCGGAUGCAUGUAAAAGAGAAGGGAAACAUCGCCAUGUCGGCUACGGGUCCCAUAAGUAAUUAUUAUGUGGAUUCGUUGAUCAACCAUGAGAGCGAGGAUGUUCUGGCGAGUCGUUUCUCGGUCACUGGUCCGAUAUCCUCCAGCUCACGACCGACGUCUCUGGUACCGGAAUGCGCGGAUUACCCAUCUUGCAGUUUUGCCCCGAAACCACCAGUGUUUACUACCUCGUGGGCCCCCGUGCACUCGCAGUCGUCAGUGGUUUACCAUCCAUACACCCACCAACCUCACCUAGGCACAGACUCAAGGUACGUUCGCUCUUGGCUGGAGCCUAUCCCCGGUACCGUGUCUUUUCCAGGAUAUGCAGGGAACAGUAGGCACUACGGGCUGAAACCCGAUACCUUCCAGGAUCCUCGUGCUGGCGACUCUUUGGGCUCGAACGGACGUGCUUACACGGAUUAUCUGUAUUGUUCGGCCGUCGAUAUUAGAGAAAAACAGCCAAACACACCAUCGCCUGAAACGGAGAGUCUGUCUUCCGGAAAGCAGAAAGACGACAAGGCUGAAAUAGACCCAAAUAAUCCUGUGGCGAACUGGAUCCAUGCGCGUUCAACCCGAAAGAAGCGUUGUCCAUACACCAAGUAUCAAACACUCGAACUCGAAAAGGAAUUUUUAUUCAAUAUGUACCUCACAAGAGACCGGCGAUAUGAGGUAGCAAGAGUGCUGAACCUAACAGAGCGACAAGUCAAAAUCUGGUUCCAGAACCGACGGAUGAAGAUGAAGAAAAUGAACAAGGAGAAAAACGACAGUAAAGAACAAUAGACCGAACGUCAUUGAUUGGACACAAGAUGAAGGAUCAUCAUUUAGUCUUAACAUUUAGCACCUUCAGCCCAUAACAGGAGCCGAGAAAGCGAUUGUCCUAUAUGGAUAUCCGUUAUAACGUGCUGACGUAUGAUUUAAUAUAAGUGUAAUUUUACCAUCCUCACUUGAGUCGUAUUAAUGUGUAGUUUGGAUUUACAUCAUGGUUCUUUAUUCACAAACACAAAUGUGGACUCGACAGAGAAGCUACUCCGACGUUUCAGCGUGAAAAUACUUGAACUACUUCAUUUUCAAUUUCCUAAUUUAUGUUCUUCACGUGACUUGUUUCUUUUCUAUGCUUUCAUUAUUUGUAAGAGCUUUAGAAACCGAGUAUUUUAUAAAGAAUAACAAAUCUGUUGUGUAUCCCAUAUACUACAGAAAUGUGUAGUGUAUCCACUACAGAUAUAUCUAUAUAUAAUACUAUACGUGUUUGCGUCGAUGUGCUAAGUUUGUUUCUGAUGUACCAGUUUUGUGUAUUUUACAUUCUUUAAACAGUACAAAUGAGUUUCAUCAUAGAUUGUAGAUAUAUUCAAAUAUAUACAACCAUGUUAA